GAUCAAUUCUAAAAUCUUCUAUAUUUAACCCUCACUUCCACUCCCUCUUCUUCGACACUGUUGCUUAUAAUUACUUUACUGCCAAACUGUGACAAAGAUUUUUAUCUUUGCAAUUCAUCACCAAGUUAUCAUGAUGAGUCUUUGUCAUAUUUGCUUCCUCUACUUGAUGAUCAUGCUCGCCACUACAGGUUGGAAUCUUGGAAUUCAAUCAGGUACUCCAGAUUAUGAGUUUUUCCAAUCAACUGAUGAAAAUAAUAACCAAUCAAGAACAGUAACUAAGAAACCACAACAUUCAUACUCAAGUCAUAAUAGAAAGCUUCUGGUUCAUGGUUCUUGCUCAAACAGAGAUAUAAGCAUCUCACAAAGUAGAGAUUCCACUUCAGGAAUACCACAAUACAUAGUUCAGAUUGUAAACACGUGUAGUGUUUCAGGAUGUGCUCCUUCAGAUAUUCAUCUCCAUUGCGGUUGGUUUGCUUCUGCAAGAAUGGUAAACCCAACAGUCUUCAAGAGGAUGUCGUAUGAUGAUUGCCUGGUAAAUGGUGGGAAAACUUUGAAGAACAGUCAGAUGAUCAGAUUUACCUACUCAAACUCCUUCAUGUAUACACUUGCUUUUAAAACUGCCAAGUUCUGCUAGCCUAAUGGAAAAUGAAGAAGAUUUCAAACCCAAGGUCAUUCCAAGUCUCAAAACUCAAACCAGCUCUCAUAUGGCCUCAGCUUUUAGCUUUUCAACAGCCUAUAGCACAUAAAUCAGGGAAGCUAAAGCUUCUUCUCCUGAAAUUAUUUCAACACUUAUAUAUAUUAUUUUAAAUAUGAAUUCGAUCCGGACAGUAGUCUUAUCAUCCCUAUACAAUGUUCAGAAUUGAAAUAUUUUAAACGAAUAAGGAACUUCAAGUCAAAAAACAACUACCUGCAAAUUGUGCAUGAAAGUUCUGAAUUCUGGUGUUCUUUCUUAUCAGCGCGUGUGCUUUCACAGUAGCUCUUGUUUCUUUUGCUUUAACUCAAUAUAAUUUCUUUAUUGGUUAACUUGGUUCAUAGUGGGGUUUGUACUUGCAACCUCACAGUCCUAGAACCAUAAGCGAGCCAAAGCUCAUUGGUAGACAGCUUCAUUUUUUUUAAUUGCCAAGGAUGAUUGCAGAAAUGCCCAGAGAAGUGUCAACAGAGGAAGAAGCAAAACUGCAAAAGCUGGGAGAAACAAGGUACCUUUCUUUCUUUGUUUCCCUCACUAGGAGGUUCCCGUUUGCAUGUUAGCAUCAAAGGCUCACGGCUCGAUAACCAAAUUUUAAGGAGAGAGAGAGAGAGAGAGAGAAAGAGAGAGGGAGAGAGAGAGGGAAGAGCACAAAAAAUCUAAAGAAAGAACCUUUUUUGGGGAAAAUCUGUUAUUGAGACGGUUAGGAGACUAUUUUACAUACAAAUGGAAGGGUGUGUUUGAA